AUGAUUGUUGAUCUUGUGAGUGCUACACAGAGAGAGGAUUGGGAACAGACUCGUCAGUUAUUGUACCGACACUGGAUCACAGAAUGUCCAAAACUGUUUAAUCCCAGUCCCGAGCAGCCAUGGGAGUCAGUAAGCGAAAGUGUCAUCAGCCCUUCUUUGUUUUUACCGAUAGCAGGAGCUCUACGUGUAGAUUCUCAGGUUAACAACACAAGCUUAGUUAGCCUGAAUGCAGAGGCCGGCAUAUCCGAUGAUUCCAGUAAAGCUGGUAAAAUAUGUGGACAUGUUUUUAAAGUCGGAGAGCUAACAUAUAUGUGCAAAAAUUGUGCUACUGAUCCUACGUGUGUAAUGUGUCGUGAAUGUUUUAUGCGCUCUGAACAUAAAGAUCAUAAAUAUAAGAUUCGCGCUUCAUCAGGACAUGGAUAUUGUGACUGUGGUGAUCCGGAUGCUUGGAAAAAAGGCUACGCUUGUGCUGCACAUGCUCCCAGAACCAAUUCUGAACACCAAGAUUAUGUGAUACCACAAAAUUUACAGUCUCGUCUCACAGAAUUGUUCUCAAUAAUCCUGCAAUAUUGCAAUAGCCUUGUAUGUUGGGAUGAAGGUGAAACUCUACCAUUCUUUUUAAGAAAAAUCGAGGAAGAGAUUGCUCCCGCCAAUCCAAGCUAUAUGACUGUACUUUAUAACGACGAAACCCAUACUUAUGAGAAUGUUAUAAGAGCUUUAGAAUUAUUUAUUAAUUGUACCAAAGAACAAGCUAUGCUAAUUGCGACAAUCGUUGAUCGAGAAGGACGAAGUGCGGUAAAAAUUGGUUCACGGCCUGAAUGCGAAAGAAUUCGAACAGAAAUCCAGAGAAGAACAUCCCGGGACACAAACAGACGGACCGAAAAGAAUGGUCCGCUAGAUGUCAAAAUCAUGGAAACUGCUUUAGUAGCUCAUCAAGCUAAUGCUAUAAACCUAAUGGCUUGGACAAACCAGCAACUUGAACUUUGUCCUUUCUUGAGUGAAUUAAUUGGUGAUGUUCUCCUCAAAGUUAAUGCCCUCGACCACCAAGAAAGUUUGAUGGAAGUCGAUGGCGUUCAAAAUGAAACCUUGCUUGUCCGAUUCUUACGAUAUAAUCGACGAAUGUGGAAAGCAGCGCGAACAAAUAUUCAUCAGAUGUUAAUGAAAACUGUACUUAUGAAUCCUGCACAGAAGUAUGAAUUUGCUAAAACAUUCUUGAAGCAUUACGAAGUCAUGUAUAUGGAUUUUGUGGAUGAUGAUCAUGAUCUGCUAGUAUCUAUUGUUAGUUUGUCUGUUCAGUUCUUAACUGUGCCAGGAAUUUCCAAACGUUUGAUCGCCGAGGAAAAUGCAUUAUCUGUUAUGCUCGAAGCACUGAAACAGCAUUCAAGCAAAUAUAUCAAAACUCUAGAAGGGAAAACUCAGCAAAUGUUUGAUUUCACGAACCGUUCGUUCCCAGCGGUAUUGAAAAGAGCAAUGAAUAUGACUCGGGAUUUAGUGUACAUCUUGAACUCUCUUCCUCAGGAGAGUGAAUGGACUGAGGGUUUAGAAUCCAACUUCAUAUCUGGAUUCACGAAACUACUUGAGUUCCUGGAUUAUAUGCAGGGAAUGGAUGAAGUUAAAAGGUUAUCUUCUGAACACCAAUUGUGGGAAUUAGAAUGGGAAACAGCGUUCAAUAUCCAAUUGCGUAUUCAAGAAGUAUUAGGAUUAUUCAUUGAUUGGACCACUAGCAAUAGAACUGUACAUUUGAAACUGUUAGCUCUUUGUUUGGAUGCAAUGAGAAAACACCCUGUCACAUCUUCCGAUUCUAAUGAAACUCAUAUGGUUAUAGAUCUAAAUGAAGAGACGUCAAUUUGUAAAUCUUUCGAUGUACUUCACGGAUCUGUGUCUAUCCAUCAACCACUUUGGCGUCUUGCUGCCGGUCUAUUUGCUGUCGGAGGAGGAACUUUAAACUUUUUCGCCGAAGGCUAUGAAGUUAGGGAUCCUUUAGAGAAUGAAAUUUUACAAUUUGUAAAGUCAAUGAGGCAAGAUAUUUAUGAAAAUUGUUUGAGAGUAUCUGUUCUCUGUGCUCAAACCAAUGCCCAAUUAUGGAGAAGAAACGGAUUCUCUUUAAUUAAUCAAAUUCAUAAUUAUUAUUCUCCUCUAUGUCGAACGGAAAUGUUUGACAGAGACUUGCAAAUGCUACAGGUCGGAGCCGCACUGUUCAAGCCUUCAGAUUUUGUCUUACAUCUCAUUACUAGAUUCCGUUUGACUGAAUGGGCUGAUAUCAAUCUGGAUCUUUCUGGCAAAGCUCAGAGUCCCAUAAAGUUAGAACCCGAAGAAAAUAGCAAAGUGAUUGUUUCGCUGGCCGAAGAUAUGCUUAAUCUACUGAUCCAAAUUUGUGGAGAAAGAUAUAAACCAGGUUUGGGAAAAUGUACCUUGAGAGAUUUACUUAAAAGGGAGGUUGUUCAUGUUCUAUGUAUGGAUGCGCAUGCCUUCAGUAAGAUAGUUAAGAAGAUGCCUACUGAUCCUCAAUUGGAUAAGGUCUCUCUUCACGAUGUUGUUAAUGAGGUUGCGGAAUUCAGAAAACCUAUGCUUACUUCUGCUGGACAGUUCUAUUUGAAAGAAGAAUAUCUACGGGACUACAACCCUUUCUUCUACCAUUACUCCAAGAGUGAUAUAUCUCAAGCAGAGCUACAUCAACAUAAAGUCAGGUCGAAAAUGGAUAGAUCCCUGAAAGCAUGUCCACCGAGCAUCCCAUGCGAAUUUGAACAUUUUUUCGCACCCAUUAUUGAAUUACUCAGGUGUAAAACAGUGAUUCGAGUUUGCAAAGUUGUGAUUGAUAGAUGCUUGAAGUGUCAUCGGUUCUCUAGUGAUCGGUUAUUGCACAGAGCUUUGUUCCUUAUUGGAAUGGGAUUACAAGAACAAGAGAGAAGUACAAAUAACUCAUUCGAUUACGUUAGUCAAGCGAACGAGGAAGGACUUUUACAAUUACUUGAAAAAGUACAUGAUGCCCAUUUCUCACAAACACAUCACGAUCUAGUUUGGUGGACAAUGACGAAGUUCAAGCAGAUUGAGAACAAACUGAAAGACUGUGAAACUCCUGAAGUUCCAAAAGAAAGCGAAAAAGAGGAAGCUGCUCCUUCUUCUGCUUCCAGAGCGGCGAAAGGAGCAAAGUACCGGGAGAUGGCAAGACAACGAAUGAUGAAACUACAAUCAUCUUUCCUGAAUAGCAUGCAGACGGAAACUUCGAAAACCGAUGCAGCACCUCCGGCCGGUGAAACUGCUGCAACAGCGACUGCAUUGAAUAACCGAAUAGAUGAAGACGAAGAUUUCCCCAUUUGUGCUACUGACAGCGGUUUCCCAGUAUGUCUUGGUGCUAAACGUACGAAAGUUGUUCAUGUAGAACCAAGAAAGUUGACUUGUAUUCUUUGUCAAGAAGAUGACAUCUCCUCUCCUGAUCAGAAUCGACCGUUUGUAUGUGCCGCAUAUGUUCAAAGAUCUCAACUCUUCUCGCAGAAAAAUGCUGAAGAGCCUAGUGCAAAAUCGUUGAAAAACUUUUUCGUGUCGGCUGGUCUGCAACAUGGGAUUGACGCUUCUACAUGCUCACAUACUAUGCAUUUUGAGUGUUUCACCAACCUGCUAGACAACCUUCUUGGGAAAGAGAGGCAACGUCCUAGACAGCCACUACACUUCCCUCAGCGUCUCGUUGACAUCGAAACUGGAGAAUAUUUGUGUCCAUUAUGCAAGCGACUUUCUAACUGUGCUAUGCCAAUUCUACCAUCUCAUUUUGUGAUGAACGUUCCUGGUUUCUCAUCUGCUAGAGCUGAUGUCGAAGAUACUUUCGAAACGUGGUACAGUAAGGUGAAAGGUAUUCUGAACUCACAUGGCAAGCAAUCUCCUUCUUUGAAACGUAAAUCUCACAAUCGAAAACGUUCUCAUUCGGAACGUUCACUUCUGGAUCUUGCUAAACAAGGACAUGCAUUUUUCGAUUCACCCAGAGACAUUGCGUUAUCCAACUCUGUUUCGAGCGCUUCUGCCAUGUCUCUGCUGAUGGAUUCUGAAGAACAAGCUGAGAAAUCGGGUGAAGCCUCUUCAUCUAGUCAAUACAUGGACUUCCAAGACAUGACUGAACUCCAAUCGGAAUUCUUAGCUGCUGUGGAAAGUACACGUAGAGAACGCAAAGAUCCCAAGUUUGCUAGUAGCUUCGCCAAUAUCCUACGCAGCGUACCGGGCCUAGCGUUGAUCAUGAGGAAUAACAAAAUUGUGGGAACUUCUUAUGAGAGGUAUAACGAUGUCAUCAGGGCUUUCUGCAAAGCUUUAACUAAAAAUGUUGACGAUAAGAACAAAGAACUCUUUGAUGACAGGAUGCGCGGAUAUUUGUUUGCUACUACUGUUUGGCAAAGUACUGCCCAUGUAUUGCGGUCAGCUUCGUCUAACUUGAAAACCGAGAACAAACCCCUCUUUGGAGCUCUCAAUACACGACAACGUGAUUGUAUCACAGCCAUGGGCAGACUAUCCGCAGCCAUGUCUCACUCCCUGCAACAUAUGCAGCAACACACAAUACUGGGGCUGAAAGCUCUUCUUGGUCGUCCUCCUGUAAAUGCACCGUCCUUACCCACUUCUCCUGCUUCUCCAGAGAUAUGUGCAACAAGUCCUCCUUCAUCUCUUCCUACUAGUCCCGUUGCAACAACAUCUCCUGAAUCAUCUGUUCAAAAACUGUCGGGUCCUCUGCUAGAGUUUCUCUUUAAUACCCAUACAAAAGCUUCUAGUCCUUCAGCAUCUGUGAAUUUACUUCAUAUUGACAUACUCAGUCUGGCGAUUUCACUUUCUAUGUGUAUCGGAUGGACUUGGAAUAAUGGUGUACAAUUUUCUUCAGCAUCUCGUAAAGAUUGUGAAAUGAUACCUGAUGGUUCUGCUGACGAGCAAUACUGUAUUCGUCUAUGCUUACUAGGCCACUACUUCCAGGUGUUCGCUACAUUCGAAGAUACAGAAUCGAAAACUGAAGUCAGCUCUGAUCCCGUUUUCGAGGAACGUGUCAAGCAACUCUGGUUGGCUGGUAGACCUUUCGAUACUCCACUUGUGAAUGCAAAUGUACUUUGUGCGCGUUUGAAAGAAGCUACGUUCAUCAUGCUUCGACCAAUAGCACUGUUAUAUCAUGUCAUCACUAUGGUUGAACCCCCUGAAGCUCUUAAAGAUCCUUCUUUGGAUGAAUUCGAACCUUUGUGCAGAUACUUGGGACUACCCACUAGCAUGAUCGAUCUAAUGAGCGGAUCAGUGAUUGAAGAGCUUUUCGACAUGUGGUCAUUGGCUAUUCCUCAUCCAUUUGAGAGAGGAACUUUAGCUCGUCAACCGAUUCAUCCGAAUAUGCUCAUAGAUCUUCCAGAAGAUUUCAGUGAAGUAAUUCAAUGGGCUACCAGUUUCAGAUGUCCAACUGUUCCUUUUGAUGAAUCUGCAUCGAAUAUUCCUACCCUCUGCUUGAUUUGCGGCACUAUACUCUGUGCUCAAAGUUACUGCUGUCAAAAGCAGGUGGGAAAAGAAUCAGCCGGAGCUUGUCGUUUUCAUACGGAAAAGUGUUCUGGGCCGAUGGGAAUAUUUUUAAAAAUUCGCGAUUGCACAGUGUUCUUGCUCACUUCAAGAGCUCGUGGAUGUUUCCGACCUGCUCCCUAUGUUGAUGAGUUUGGCGAAACCGAUCAAGGAUUUAGACGUGGUAACCCUCUUAGACUCAAUGCUCAGCUCUACAAAAAGUUGUGUCGAUUGUGGCUAACUCAAGGAAUCAGUGAAGAAAUAGUUAACCAAUACGAGAUUGAUCCUCGAAAUCAUCAAUAUGAUUGGUCUCAUUUCUAA